UUCAUAUUACACAGAAAAGAGGAGAAAGAGGAGAAGAGUUAAUGGUGGGUAAGGGCUCUGGUGGGUUGUGCAGUCAGGCUCUGUUUUGAAUGUAGCUGCUUGUGUAAGUGCUGUGCAGUUGUCUGGGUUUAUGGAUUCGCUGACUGUGGAAAAUGUACUUCUCUAUAGCGGUCCUUGUCCUGACUAAGGCUCUGGUCACAGAAGUAUGUCACGCCCUGAAUGUGACAGUCACCCCUGGGCCUGUUGUCUUAGUACCAGAGAAAGACAACCUGACACUGUCCUGCCUCGUAUCUCAAAGGAAGAGAAGCAACAGUGUCCUCAUUCUUCGCUGGUUCUUCUCUCCUCUUACUGCUCCUACACUGGGGCCUCCUCCCUCCUUUCCACCCACCUCCCCUCCUGCCCUCGAGCCUGCUCAAUUUCUGAUUGUGAAGAUGGGCAUAAAGAAACUGAAGAUGUAUGGGAACUACACCCGUCGUUUCCCCCAACCAAAGUUUCGUCUGCACGAGGAAACGGAGGGAGAGGUGUACCGGUUGCGGAUUUUCCGCGUGAUGGGGAUGGACCAGGGUUUUUAUACCUGUAAGGUUCAGGAGAUCCGGAAACACAGAGACACAUGGAGAGCAUCCUCCAAUGGUACCGGCACCACACAGCUGACAGUGCACUUUACCCCUGAGGAUGGAAGCAGUGAAGGACUGUGGCUUUUAUUUGCAGAUGUGUAUCUGUGUGCUGUGCUGAUCUGCUCGCUGGGCCUGCUGUCCAUCUUCCUGUUCACGCUCGUCCUAACCUGCCAGUACUUCCACAGAAGACACAGGCUCAAAGCCAGUUAUCUUCUGGUCAAAUGCCCAGAAAGCAGCUCAGGAGAGACUGUAACCAGCUCCAGCAGCUCCUCCAGUUCCUCUCCAAGGACACAAAGGAAAGAAUCAAGACGGAAAACUGAAAGAAGAGUAACAGUGACACCGCCUAAACUACCUGAACAGCCACCGCUGCACAUAUUAACCAAAGCGCCAGUUGCUGCAAAGAGACCUCAGAAGCCCAGAAGGUCGAAGACUCAGCCAAGGAGAUCUGCUGCUCCUCGAGCAUCACAUGAAGACAGCCUGACGUACGCGGAGCUGGAGCUCGUCAGACCGAGGCUGGAGCCCCCAGCCUCAUCCACCCCUGACCCCACACCCUGCAACUCGGACACUGUGUACGCACAGAUCCUCUUCCAGGAGAAACAGCUGUAACCAUGGCAGCUGGGUGAGGCCAGAGACUGAACUGAGUGGCAUCCAAAGGACUAUAUUUAUGAACUAUCAGUAUGACAUUUAGCAUUGUUUUUUUGGAUGCGAGCGUGCCACAUCUGUUGGUAAAUGAGGGUUUUGUGUUCGCUCCGUGCAGUUCCAUUCCAGCACAGCAGUUUUGGGGUCUUUUAAUUCUGUUGUUUUGUUUGCUGGCAUCACUGGCCUGUGAGCCAGAUGUUUAUAGAAUGCUCUUACCGUUAACUAUUUUGUAUAAACUCAGGAGACUGUGUGGAAAGAAACUGUUGUCCAGGCUCUCUUACCGCAGUGCCAUAAGGCGCUGUAACACUCAGCUUUUUAAAUGCAUUUUGUAGCCCAAUUACAGUACUAAUACAUCAUAUUAAUAAAUAUGCCUGGGUCUGACAUUCAAAGAGUGUAGUCUCUGAUUUACAUAAGUACAGUUUAAAUUAUAUCUUUGGAUUACACUUUGUUAGAUUCGUCUGUAAUUUGCUGAACGACUAAUGGGAAACGAAUGUUUUCAAUAAUCUGUCAGAGCAACAGUCUGGAGAUUUGCUCCUCUGUUUUGUGGCAGAUGUGUGAGAUUGAAACCAUUCACAUAGCAUAGCUUUGCAUGAAAACAAAAACAGGAGAUAGUUAGUCUGGCUAUGUCUGAAGGGGACAAAAUCUGUUUUUUAGCUUUUCUAAAGUUCACUAUUAACAAACACAAACGUUUAAAAACCACCAGUUGCAGUUUUAGGGGGUUGAGGGCAUCCUGUUGGGAGAAGUAACUUCCUAAAGUCUUGUCAUCAUAGGCUGUGAGGCAAUAUGUGCACAUUCCAUUUUGCUUUUAUAUGGAUUAAACACUUUGUAAGGAA